AGAGUGGAUCGAAUCCUCACGCUACACUAUAUUGUUGUAUAAUCACGAUCUAAUUAAUCUUGUUUUAUACCAUAAACAUAUAGAUUAGUUUAGAAAACGCAAUAUAUGCAAAUGUGUAUCACCUAAUACCUGGGGACCUUUCAUAAUUCACAUAUACAUACAUAUAACAGUUCCUUUCAUUUAUUUUUCAUUCACUUCCCCUAUUCAAUCUCACACGCGCUAGCUAACAUGACGAACUACGGCGCGAUCCCGACGUCGUCUCAUGCAUCUCCGGUGGUGGAUCUCGAGUCUAUCUCACGGGCCAAGCACCGUAUCGUAGCUGGACUUGCCACGCGCCGUCCUUGGAGAGAUAUGUUCGAUUUCCACUCCAUGGGACUACCUCACGGCGUCUCCGAUGCUCUCUCAAGAGUCAAGACGAAUCUUGCUUACUUCCGUAUGAACUACGCAAUCGUAGUCUUGAUCGUUAUCUUCUUCAGCUUGAUCUGGCACCCGACCUCGCUCAUCGUCUUCACCGUCUUGGUCUUUGUUUGGAUCUUUCUUUAUUUCCUCCGUGACGAGCCUCUCAAAGUGUUCCGGUACCAGAUCGAUGAUCGGACGGUGCUGAUUGUUUUAGCGGUGAUAACGAUCGUGCUGCUUCUGUUGACCAACGCCACGUUUAAUAUUAUUGGUGCGCUGGUGACCGGAGCUGUGCUGGUUCUCAUACAUGCGAUGGUUAGGAAGACGGAGAAUCUGUUCUUGGAUGAAGAGGCGGCGACGGCUGAGACUUCAGGUCUGACGUCAUACCCGUCGUCUUAAAUCGAUUGAUCUCGAGACUUUUAUGUAUAUUAUCUUGUUUUCUUCUUAAAAUAUAUAUAUCAUUUCAUGCGUAAUCAAUUUUUA